CUUUCACCUUGAUCGCUCGCGCUUCUCCAGAAGUAAUCUCCAGGCACUGCCAUCGAAGCUCCAUCGCUAGCCAGUUACGGCGAAUGGCUAACACUUUGGUUCAGCGUCCGGCCCCGUCAGAGCCUCUGGCCGCCGCAAUCUCCCAGACUACGAGCGCGUCCUACAAGUACCUCAAGAUGCCCAAUGCCUUGCACUUUUCCUUUCGCAUACCCAAGCUGUGACUUUUGUAUCCAAACGCCUUGACUCCGGUCGUCCACUCUUUCGAGUUCAGCUCCAACCACGUUCGUUUUUAAUAAACCACACAAACCAGCCUCUUCGCUUUUCGAAGCCUUUAUAAUUUUUUGAUUCCGGUAUCUCGAAACCAAACGACCACAAACAACCAACAACAUGCGUACCUCCGUCGCCGUCGCCGCUGGCCUUGUUGCCGCUGCAUCCGCAAAGACCUACUCCGUCACCGUCACCGACGAUGUGACCAUCACUUCCUGCGGCCCGACCGUCACCAACUGCCCAUACGCCGCUCCCACCGAAGGCGGUGCCUGGGACGACUGGACCUCGACUACCACGACCACUAAGCCAGUCGCGCCUGUGAGCACCUCCAGCGACCCUGCCUGGGCUGACUGGACCUCGACCACCACCACCAGCAAGCCUGUCUCUCCCAUCAGCACCACCAGCUCCUCCGAGGGUGCCUGGGGUGACUGGACCACCAUCACCAGCAGCAGCGUUCCUGUGUCUCCUGUCUCGACCAGCUCCGCUGCUUGCCCCAGCUACACGGCCACCACUCCUCCCGCCUGGUUCUCUCUCCUGCCAACUGAAGUCCUCAGCUCCAUCUCUGCUGCCUGGACCGGUGCUCCUCCCGCCGACUGGUGCUACUACACCUACAGCACCUCGUCCGUCGCAACCAGCCCAGUUGCCCCAACCAGCAUUCCAGUUGCGCCAAUCUCUACCAAGACCGGUUCCCCAUACUGGCCCGCUGGUCCUACUUCUGAGACCCCUGUUGCUCCUGCUUCCACUGGUACUGGUGUCUGGUCAUACACUCCAUCAAGCCCAGUCAGCCCUGCUACCUUCACUGGUGCUGCAUCUGCCAACGCUGGCUCCUUCGCUUUCGCUGGUCUCGUUGCCGCCGCUGCCGUCGUCAUGGCAUAAAUGCCCUUUUUAGUGCUGCGUUUUUGCUUUAUCACGAUUCACAUGGCCACAUUCUGAGGACAGGAAACACGUCUUGGGGGUUGUGAUAUUGGAGAAGGGGUUUUUCUUGCAUGUCUUUUUUGUUUAGACGCAGCCAGAGGUGCUAGCUGGGAUUUCCGCUGUAGCUAGCAUUUUGCGUAAUACCUACUUGAUUUACCGGAUAUGGUUUUUCUGCCCUUUUUCCCAAGGCUUGAUGCGCACGCGUUUUUCGCGUUCAUUUUCUCGCUGUACACCAAAAUACUGAUUGACCCAUGACCAUCGAAAAAGCCAAACCUCAGGAGAUGGGAAGUGGCAGUGAGUGGGGGAGGUUUCGUCUCCUGUCUGUCGGUGGAAAUUAGACGUCGCCCAAAGCAGAAUAUAGACAUUUUACUCCGUAC